AUGGUUAUUAUUCGAUUUUGGUUAAAACAACUUUUUAAUUGUGUUUUUGAAGAUGUUAAGUUUAGACAUGUUAUAUUUAAUCCAGAAAUGAUUAAUUUAUUAUUUGGUAACGACAAAACAAAUUUUAAACAAUUUUACGUUCAAAAUUUCCAUCUAUAUCUUAGUAAUGAUACAAGGGAAAAUAUUUUUAAAUUUGUUUUAAACCGAUUUGCAAUUUAUUGGUUAUUUGUCACCAAGAACAACAUUUCAGAGCGACAAACUGAUAUCUUAUUCAAUAUUAUAAUAAAUGAAGGCGAUAAAUUACCUAAAGUUGGUUUUGGUUCUUUCAAGUCUUCAAGAAUUUAUGAUCUUAUUGUUGAAUUUAUAACAACGUCUAAAGAUUUCUCUAAAAUGGUGCCUUCUAUUCAGAUAUUUUUUGAUUCACGUGAAAAUUUUAAAUUACCUGAGAGAGCAAAAAAUGUUAAAACUAGUGAGCGAUAUGAAUAUACAAAAUACCAAAUUGAUAAUAUUUAUAAUCCAAAAGUGAAAUUUUUAUUUUCUAAUAAUAGAUAUGAAACAAUAUUUUAUGUUUAUAUCGAAAAGAUGGAAGAAUUUUCAUUGAUUAAAAUGCUUUCUUUACCACCUGAAGUUCAACUCGAUGUUUUAAAAUGUUUUAAUUUCGAGCAAAUAUUCUCCCUUAAACUAGCCAAUUCUUACUUUUACAAUUUAAUUAAUAAAUAUAAGGGAGGGUUGGCUAGAAUGGAAUUUAAUAAACUCUCUUUGAUUAACACCAGUGAUAUCCAUAGUCAAGAUAUAAUCAUUAAACUUGACCCUGUAAUUUCUGAUUUUGUGUUGGACGAGCAGCUUAUGAAGAAGUGGAAAGCAGCGAUAGCUGAAUCAUUUACGUUACUUUCGCAUGAUUUUGGUGAUAAUACAUGCCGUGUUUGUGUAGAGAAAGGUUUAAAAAUGUAA